AUGUCCAAGGAACUCAAGGAAUACACACUCGAAGAGGUUGCCCAGCACAACAAGGAGGGCGAUGUGUGGAUUAUCGUCGACGCUAAAAUCUACGAUGUCUCCAGGUUCGCCAACAUGCAUCCUGGUGGUGCCAACGUCCUCUAUGCCGAGGGUGUAGCCGGCAAGGACGCAACGCAGCCCUUCUUCGGUCUGCACCGUCACGAAGUCCUGCUCCGACCCCAAUUCCAGCGCCUCCAAAUCGGCACCGUUAAAGGCCAAAAAGAACAAAUCAAGCCUUUCGCCCCAGGCGAUCUCUCCAAAGUCCCCUACGCCGAAUCCUCCUGGCUCACCAAGGGCUACUACACACCCUACUACACUGACAAGCACCGCAAAUUCCAGCGCGCCGUGCGCGAAUUCUUCGUCACCGUCGUCCAGCCCGAAUCCGACCGAUGCGAGGCGAGCGGGAAGAAGAUUUCGCAGGAGGUCGUCGACAAGAUGGCGGAGCUCAACAUUAUUGCCAUGCGGUUGGGUCCGGGCAAGCACCUCAAGGGACGGACGCUGAUGGGCGGAAUCGUCCAGCCGGAGGAGUUUGACUACUUCUACGAGGGCAUUGUCCACCAGGAACUCGCCCGUGUGAGCAGCAGAGCCGUCGUCGACGGUCUCCUCGCUGGUCUCGUCAUUGGUCUUCCCCCAGUCCUCAACUUUGGUUCGGAGGAGCUCUACAACAAGGUCGUUCCUGAUGCCUUGGCGGGUAAAAAGUAUGUCGCACUCGCGAUUACCGAGGCGUUCGCAGGCAGCGACGUGAGCGGUCUCCAAACCACCGCUGUGCGCGACGGCGACGAGUGGGUCAUCACCGGUACCAAGAAGUGGAUUACCAACGGUACUUUCGCCGACUACUUCACCACUGGAUGCCGCACGGAGAACGGGUUCACCGUCAUCCUCAUCCCUCGGGGACCGGGAGUGGAGACCAAGCAGAUCAAGACCGCCUACUCGAGUGUGGCGGGUACGGCGUAUGUGACCUUUGACAAGGUUCGCGUGCCGGUGGCGAACACCCUGGGACCGGUGGGCAAGGGUAUGUCCGUCAUCCUGAGCAACUUCAACCACGAACGAUGGAUGGUGUGCUGCACCGCUGUUUCCGCUCAGCGACUCAUCGUCGAGGAGUGCCUCAAGUGGUCGACGCAACGUAUCGUCUUUGGCAAGCCUCUUACCAACCUUGCCGUCAUCCGAGCCAAGUUGGCGGCGAUGAUCUCAAAAGUCGAAGCUGGCCAAAAUUGGCUCGAGACGAUCACUUACCAGAUGAACAACAUGAACUAUGCUGAGCAGUCUGACCGACUUGCUGGUCCUAUCGGCUUGCUCAAACAGUUCAUCUCGCGAUCUGGACGAGAAACUGCUGAAGAUGCCACUCAAGUAUUCGGUGGUCGCGCCUUGACGGUGACCGGUAUGGGUAAACUCAUCGAAAACUUCCACCGCACGUCAGGUUUCGACGCUAUCCUCGCCGGUGCUGAAGAUGUCUUGGGAGACCUCGGUGUCCGCCAGGCUAUCAAGAAGAUGCCCAAGAACGCUCGUCUCUAGACGCCCAGCGUUCACUCAUGUAUCAUGUAUAUUUA